UUGAUUCACCCGAGGUCUGACAAGUUCAACAAAAUUCGUCUUCAAACAAAUACUUUAGUGUAGUGGCCUCGGGGGCAGAUAAUCAAAAGGUUAAGGACAAAACUAUUUUCACCGAUUAUUGCUCCCUCUUGGGUUUUCUUGCCCUCAUAAACUGGCGAAAUGGUGAAAAUGUGCAAAAUAUAUAAAACUCUGUCUCUUCUUCAGAAAUUUAACGGAGGUGACAAAGGUCGCAAAGGGAAAUACCUGUGACGACUCGGAAUACAAAUGAUGCAUGUCGACCCGUAAACGAGGACACGGGAUAAACGGCCGCGAAGGAACGUUUUUCAAUUACGACAGUGGUUUACAGACCGGCUUUAGUUCCAGCAAGACUGACCACUGUUUAAUAGCCAGUAUGAUGGUGAUGGAAGCUCGCGAUCCAAGAGGCGCAUCCUUUCGACUCACACGAGAAACGCCUGUUGUGGCCGUUUGCCGAGCGAGGCAGCACGGACCAGCCGAGGCGAGGUAUAAUCAUGGCCGCUACCAAGCCCCGCCUAUCGACUGCGGCCAUCAUGGCACCACCUAUUCCAAUGAUCACGUGAGCGUCCUACAAGGCUAUGUUUUGAUCACGAGUUGACAGUCAGUCCCUGGUGAUGGUUGGGAGUGUUUCGCUUCUUUCUGUCACUCUGGUCGAUCUUUACGCUAGGCGAUCAAUUCUCAAUGAACAAUUACUACGAGAGAAAUGAAGUUUCCUUUUUUUUGUCAACACCAUCUCACUGCAUGUACUCUUUACAACUACCAAUGUCCGAAAAAUUCUAACCAUGUUAUGACAAAUCAACAAUUUAAAAUAAGCGAAAUUACGUAGAGUGAUGAAACUACCUACUGCACUCAAUAAGUAGACUACUAAUAUUAGUGUUGAUUGAAGAGUUUUAUAGUUAUUGUCGCUGUCAAUAGAAAUAUCUAGGCCAUGCCUCUUUAGUCUGCGGUCAUGACGACGGCAUGAGUGGUUUUCAAUUAAUGGGUAUGAAGUUUGCAUUACCAGGACUAAUGUCAUCAGGCUGCAGGUUGUUCUGUUGUUCUGAGGCUUAUAACACACACCACGACGCACAUAUUGGAACUGCACAAUGCGACAUAGAUUUUGACGAGAUAUAAUCAAUUGUUUAAGGAAUGCAAGGCUAGUAAACAGCCACAAUAUGCUGCCAAAUAGGGAACUAUAACUACAUAGUUAUAGGAGAAGAAAGAACGCCCUCCUACAAUUUGGCCACUAUAACCGGGGUUUUUGAUUUAAUAUUUUUUUCCAAAAGACAAAUAAUGUAGUAAUUUUAUUGUACCUUAAACAAAUGGAGGUAAGUGUUGUUAUACAGAAAUUCCACUAAACUACGGUAUUCAAUGUAUACAUGUGUAAAUAAAACUUAUGUUCUGUAGUUAUAGGUAGAAUAUCAACGAUAAUUAAACUCGUAAUGGUUUAUGUGUCAUACAUAAUCACUGUCCAACAUGGGUGGGCCAUAUACAGGCUUCCUACUUAAAGUUGGAGAAUGAACUCAUCAAUGAUAUACGUAAAAAAGUGGCUAUCUUCACUGCUUUGGGUUGUGCAUAUCUGCAUUUAAAAGUACACACUAACCCACAACACCCAAGGGAGAAGAGUAACGAAAAGGUUGAUGGAGAAGCCAAGGAAAGGGACCUCAGGAACUAGAACCAGAACAGUAGAACCAUACCCUUUUGUAAAAUUUCAAACUACCAUAAAGAGGAUCAAUUGCCGAACGGGUUAAGUUAAAAACUCGCACUUGGUGGAUCAACUCCGUAGGACAGGGAAAAAGAGAAACCUAUACUAACAGUGACACUCUCACUCUUUCACCACAUUUCGCAUAAAAUAAUUGACAUUCGUUUCUAUUAUUUCCUCCCCUUUGCCACCCUGUGUGAAUGGAUGUCUAUAGGGCAUUGGUAAUAAUGAUGACGCCAUGUACCCCGAUACUGCCAUUCAACACCCUCCGCAGGUUAACUCCUGCAGAAAAUAAU